CGUGGCUGGAGAAAGAGUGAGGAGAUUAUUCCACGAUUGAUUGAUCGAUUGAUUGAUUGAAUAAUUGAUUGCCUGCUUGCUUGAUUGAUCACUCGCUCAGCUUAAAAUCUAGCAUUUCCUUCAUAUUUUAACACUUCACUUUUUUCAUCUCAUUCUUUUCUUGAAAGAAAAUUAUCUCGUGCCCUCUUAUCUUCGGUCUUCCAUUCAAUCAUCCAUCUCCCAUUGAUCCGUGUGGUGCUGCUACCUCGAUAAAGAUCACUCACUUCUCUCUAUCGCAACCCAUCAAUUGCGACAAUCAACCUCAUCAAACAACAACAAUCUUCAAUACCUCCAUUUUCCAUCAAAUAAAGCUCACUCACAACACUCAAUCAUGCCCGUCACAUUAAGAAAACGUCCAGCACCAGCUGAACCACCAACUGCAGCUCCUCCUGCAAAAAAGAAGUCGGGUGUCGCAAAGACCGUCGCGAAAGUUAAGGAAACGGUUAAGAAAGCUGUUGAACCUAAAGCUACUAAGCCAUCAAAGACUGAACCAGCACCACCAGCUCCAAAAGCAAAUGGAUCCAAGGCUAAAUCUAAAUCUAAAUCUAAGGCUGAGGCUCCUGCUGAAGAACCAGUUGAAGCUCCAGCUGAAGCUCCUGCUGAAGCUCCAAUUGUAGCUCCUGAAACCGUUCCUGAACCUGUUGCUGCUCCCGCCAAAGUCGCAACAACAACAGCAGCAGCAACAAAGGUUGAGGUUGGUGAAACCAUCGAUCUUGAAGGAUUCGGUGGAGAAAUUGAAACAAAUGAUGGUGAAAAGACUACACUCAAGAAACUUGUUGAUACAAGUAAGAAUGGUGUCGUUCUUUUUACUUAUCCUAAAGCUUCUACACCAGGAUGUAAGUUACUUACCUAUCUUUACUUGCACAAUCCAAUGUCAAUGACAGUGAUAAUUUCCCCCAUUUUAUUCUUCACAUCAACUAACUCAUAAAUAACAGGUACAACCCAAGUCUGUGCCUUCCGCGACUCCCACACUUCUCUAUCUACAACCGGCUACUCCAUCUAUGGCCUUUCAAAAGAUAGUCCUAAAGCAAAUACCACUUUCAAAACCAAGCAAAAACUUCCCUAUACACUUCUUUGCGAUACAAGUACUUCUCUUAUUAGUGCAAUUGGAUUAAAGAAGGGAAGUAGUACUACUAGAGGUGUAUUCAUCAUUGAUAAAUCGGGAAAGAUCUUAGCAGCUCAACCUGGUAGCCCAACAGGUACACUUGAGGUAGUGAAGAAAUUAAUUGGCGCGUCUGAGGGAAAGGAAGAAGAAGAGGAAGUUGAAGCUGAAGCUGCUCCUGAAGUCACCGAGGGAGAGACUGAAAAGGAAACCGAAAAAGCAGUAGCAGAAGAAACAACCGAAGCUAAACCCGAGAAAGAAGAAGAAGAAAAGAAAUCCGAGGAAUCAACAGCCCCAGAAACAAAUGGUAUCAACGGUACCAACUCAUCCGCCUCCAAAGAAGACAUUGCCAAAGCAAAUGUAGCAGCAGAUGUAGCCGAUACAGCUGAGAAACUCGAUAGCAAUGAUUCUGAGACUAAAGCUACUGAAGCUCUAACUACUGAGACUUCGACUUGAGUUUUGUUUUUCUUGGGUUUUUAGUACACAAAUUGAUAUGGCGCUUACUCUGUUUCUUUUAUCCUCUGCGUGUAUUUUCCUUUUAUCGAUCUUUUUUUGGAAUUUGAAUUUGGAAUUUGGGUUUUGAUUUUUGAUUUUGGUUUUUCAAAUGGUAUCAAAAGAAAGAAAGGCAGGCAAUGAACGCAAUGCAAUGUAAAAUGUAAUGCAAAGCAGGCGAAUGAUGGAUGGAUGAUUGAUUGAUGGAGGAAUGGAUGGAUGGAUAGUUAAAAAGUCUGAAAUGGAAGGAUAUGAUUUUGACAUGAUUUCAUUGAAUUUGAUAUGACUUGAUUUGAUUUGAUUGAAUUUGACUU